CUAAGCGUCGCUACACAGACAGUAACAGAAAACCCCGAAGAGAGCAGGAGCCGCCGAGAGCUCCUUCAGGACCCCUGCGAGAAUUUUUUUUCCCCAAAAAUUUCAAUUCGCACAAUUUUGACGACAAACCGUGUGACGGAUAGUACUGUGCGCGAACUUAUUCUAUUCGAUCACGAUGAGGUAUACCAUUCUGGCACUGACGGUUGCGCUUUGCCUCGCAUUCGUGAGCUCGAAUCCACUUCCGCAAAACGGACUUCGCUCGGAGAUCCUCGAUCGGCUAGUGAUGGCCGAAACUGACAACAAAGAGGCCCUGAGGAACAAACGGACGAUCGGCAUUCUACGAACACUCUUCCCAGAUAUCUCCCAGGACGUGAACCCAGAAUCGGAGAAUCGAGUGAACGAAGCCGAAGCGGAGUCGCAGAAUAACGAAGUACGAGUGCAAUUCGCGGACGAAACGCCAAAGGAACAAGAGCUCACGCCAUUGACUGAAAAUGAGACGGAAGUUGAAGACGAGAAUAGGGACAAGAGAGGUUCUACUGGAGGAGGAUCGGGCAACAUUCUCUUCGAUAUUAUCAGGACGGUGGCCAGCAGCGGAAGUAACUUCGGGGGUGAACAGAAGCCUAUAAUAGGACCAACGGAUAGUACGCCGGCUAUACCCGGUCCUGUCACCAGACUGCUUCUCAUCGGUAAUCGAGGAAUUGCGGACAUAAUAGCGGAUCUUGUACUAAGGGCGGCGGCACUAAGCGAAAAGUUUGUUAACUACAAGGCGAAACUCAUCACCUGGUUAAUUUAAGCAUCUUAUUCGAGGAUCGAGAUGAGGAAGCACAGGAAGGGGCCUCGCCGGCCUUGGUACCGAUGGAUAUCAACGCCGAACCGCCUCUGCCAGAAAGGAACACGGGUACGACGUUGGCAACAUGACCGAUCUCACGGUGUUACCCCCUUGUUCCCGGGAUCCUGAAUUCACUUCCUUCGUCAAUGGCCGUCGAGCUCUUUGUGAAAACACAAAGAAGACAUACUUCGUCCCUAAACGUAUUCUUCUCUAAACGCGAUGUUAAUUCAACAUCGUCCGACUUCGUUCACUCGGCUCUCUAUGCGAUCUUUUUCCUCUUUUCAUCUAUUCCUUUUUUCUUCUUUUUCUUUUCUUCUUUUUAAGCCUCUAUCUCUUCUCUUGCCUUUUUUUCUAUUUACUUCUUCUCUGUAGUCGAUUAUUAAAACGAUAGAGAAAUUUCCGUAGAUGGUCGUCGUUUUAAGACGAUCGAAAUUUAAUCAUUAAAGUCGGGAUGCCUCGCGCUACCGUGCUACGAUGGAAACACAUCGAGAGAGAUGUUGAAACUUGAAACUGUGAAAUCGUUUCGAAUUUGUGAUACGACACGCUCGCCGUUGACAGUUCGAACGAGAUGAUUCAUGCACCGACGACUACGGGUAACGAAUUUCUCCGAGCGCACUUUCUCUACGAGCCAUCCCUCGACUUAAAAAUCGCAAUUCGCGCUUAUAAAGUAAGAAAUAAAAACAAAUAAAUUUUUUUCUGUAGAAAAUACUAUGUACAGUGCCUUACGAUCUGUUUUGAUCGUAACAGGGAUAAGACGUGUGCUAUUUGCAAGAUCGAAGAAUACAUUGUUAAAUAUAUAUGCCCUUCGAUUAUUAUUGCGCGAACGAUACGAUUUUUCGAUCGAUCGUUAUCGAGCACAAGAAUAAACGAGAUAUCGCAAACUUGUACAUAGUAUAUUACCCCGGGAUGGAAGUGCCAGGCAUAAUGUUGUUUCUAUCUAUUUGUAUCUUUAACAUUCUGCUUUCUUGUUAUCUCUUAUAUAUCUAUUUCUCUCUUUCUCUAUAAUUGCUGUGACGUAAAAUUUGUGAAAUUCAGUUAAUAAUUAAGUUUGCUAAGCAGUAUUAAUAAUGAAAUCAAAAUUAUCUCUCCAGUAUUUCAAUUUGGUGUAAUUUGCAAAAGCCUGUCAUUGCAACAAAUCGUUGAAACAAAUUACUUCUCUUUUUGGAUUUUUCCGCUCCGGACAAAUUCAAUAAGAAUUGUAAUUUGACAAUUCUUCUCAAACUAAAC